GAAGUAUCUAUGGAGGAGGCGGGUUGUGCGAGGCGGUAAUCCGCGAGGCUGGGGGCGGGGUUGAAUCACACCGGCGGUUGGAGGUUGAAAAAUGACCACCACUAACAAGACCCCUCCUGGUGCAGAUCCAAAACAGCUGGAAAGGACCGGAACUGUUAGAGAAAUAGGAUCACAAGCUGUUUGGUCACUUUCCUCUUGUAAACCAGGAUUUGGUGUGGACCAGUUACGAGAUGAUAAUCUAGAAACAUACUGGCAGUCUGAUGGAUCGCAGCCUCAUUUGGUGAACAUACAAUUCAGAAGAAAAACAACAGUAAAGACUCUGUGUAUUUAUGCAGACUAUAAAUCUGAUGAAAGUUAUACUCCAAGCAAGAUCUCUGUCAGAGUAGGAAACAACUUUCACAACCUACAGGAAAUCCGGGAAUGAAAACUGCACAGUGACCAGCUACAGAAAAAGAGUUUGAAUCAGGAGUUUUGAUUGUUCUCUUGCAAAGAAAAGUAAUUGCAUCCUUUUGGGUCUUCAGCAACUGUUCAAACGAUAUAUUGUGAUCCUCCAUGAUGUCCUCCAUGAUGCUGGCUAGUGUGGUCCUCCAUGAUGUCCUCCAUGAUGCUGGCUAGCGUGGUCCUCCAUGAUGUCCUCCAUGAUGCUGGCCAGUGUGGUCCUCCAUGAUGUCCUCCAUGAUGCUGGCCAGUGUGGUCCUCCAUGAUGCUGGCCAGUGUGGUCCUCCAUGAUGUGAGUGAUGAGCUAAUCUUGAGAAUGGAUGACUUGAUGGAAUCAAAACUGUACUUACACCACUUUUGAGUUUCCAUAUUUAAACCCAAUAGCUAAGGCGAAGGGAAGACCUACAAGUUAUUGUUAGUGAAUAAACAGCUUCCACAAACAUACGCUACAACUGGGAGAAUGUAGAACAAAAUUAUGCAGAAGUUCAGGAAAGGAUACAAUGCACUGGAAGGGAAAAAGGACAACCCACAACAUCUGGAAUCUUAACUGAAAAGAAGAAACAACUGAAAGUAAUAGUAAGAGAAAACAGAAUGCAGAUUGCAACCAAUUAGGAAAGAUCAAAAUCAUCCCUGGAAAGACUUUGUGGUUGGAGUGACAUGUUACAAAAGACAAGUGUGGUUGUUCCUUCUCACUUGGGAAGCUAUAUUGAUGUUGAAACCUACAUAGUAUUUAGCUCAGUUUGAUCUUCAGACUAUAGCAAAGAAACUACUCAGAUACGAGUUUUUCAAAGGGUGGGUUGAAAUAACUUGCAUGGCCUUUCCACUAGAUAAUUUUAGCACCAUUAAGGUUGCUUUUACAACUUAAACAGUAAAAAGCUUAUAUUCUCAUUAUCUUAUUACAGAAAUUCAUGUAAGUGUGUUAUGUGCUGUCAAGUUUCUUCUGACUAUGAAUUAAUGGCCUCCAAAGUCU